AUGUUGUUCACGAAAGCCCUCCUCUCCCCAGCUCGCGUCACCCUCUUCACGCGCGCGAACUGCGGGCUAUGUGACACCGCCAAACAGGCCGUGACCCAGCUCCACAAGCGGAGACCUUUCGAUUACUCCGAGCUGGAUAUCAUGGUCUCCGAGAACAAGCCCUGGAGGGACGUCUACGAGUUUGAUGUCCCGGUUCUACACGUCCAGUCUGUCGUCAAGGAUCAGCUCUCGGAUCCGAAGAAGCUGUUCCACCGGUUCACCGAGCAGGAGGUCGAGAAACUAGUGGACGAAGCGGAGAAGACGGAUUCUUAG